AUGGCACCUUCAGCAAUAAUACGGCCUGGACGCAGCUCAGUUGUCCGUCGGUACCUUGAGGGUGAGCCAGGCUCAUGGCGAAAGAACGCUACGGAAGAUGCCUUUAUCCUCGAAUCAUGGGGUCAAGGCUUCAUUGUCGGCGCUCUAUUGAUCAUGGCUCUCAUCACCAUUUCAAACAUGAAAAGAGGGAUUUUGUUGCACAAAUUGAUCUUUAUCGAGCUCAUUCUCGCCCUUUCGCAUGGCACGUUCUGCUUCAUGAGCUUUAAGGGGUACGGCUGGUACCUCUCCGCCACCGCGGGACUUCUAUACCUCUCCACCCUCGUCCAUAACGUGGUGGCGUGGUUGAAGAUCAGACCAUUCUUGACGCGAAGAGGGAGUAUAAUAUUCAUUGGCUCGUUUAUUAUGACUAUCCCGCCCGUGCUCUUUCAAAGCAUCAACAACUUCCUCUUCUUCAACAACAUUAGCGACCUGUACACUAGAGUCAGACCAUAUGAGGCUUUGAUGAGAGAUCCAUGGUGGAUGUUUUCCUGCUUCUUGUUCUUCUACGUGAUCAAAACGCGUUACACAGUCACGUUCAGAAGCCUGAUGACGGGACAACCACGUUUUGCCAUCAUGAUCACGUCUAUGAUGUUCUCCUUCAUCUUCUCCUUCACUGAUGCGCUCGUAUCUGCAGUCCCCAGCUUGUCUAAAGUCAACGGAGUCAAUCCCUAUUGGAAGCUCGCUUUGGUGUUUAAAGCUCUAACGGAUACGAUCAUCCUGGACGACUUCAAGACGUGUCUUGACAGGUUGCGCACCAGGAUGUUUGACAGCCAAGGCGACUCACUGCCAGGACCAGGAUCCCAUUCGCAGAAGGAGUAUGCGCCGAAGGAGAGGCCUGCGACAAUUAUCACGCCCACAGCAGAAAACUCAUCCCACGUGGUGACGACUCAGACUCCUAAGCCGCCUGGGACCGUUCGGCGAGCCAUGAGUCGCGUUGGCACUCAUCUCUCGCCAUUACAACCUGCCUACCAGAUGCGCCCCGACAUCCACCCCUACGAGCUGAGUCCCAAACCUGUCAUCCAUAUAAAGACAGACUUCAGCCUUGAUAAAUUCGCCAAGAACGGAGCCCGAUCGGCGUCGGUCCCGGAGUAA